AUGGAGGAGAAGCCAGCGGCGGUCAACCGCCAAAGUGCGAUUCCCCGCAUGUCACGACUCCCAACGCCAAGGUCGACAUCAUCUUCCAACCUCCGACCAGCUGCUUCGAAAGAGAACUUGAACCCCGUCCCGAAGCAGCGCCUUCGCCCAGCAGCUUCUCGAGAUCAAUUGCCCCGAGCCUCGUCGAUUUCUUCCAACAGAGUCGAACCCCGCGAAGCCUUGGCCACGACGCCUCGCCCGAGACGAGACAUCUCUGCCGCCAGACCACGAGCCACAGUGUCAAGACCGAGCUUAGCUGCCUCGACCACACCGACUCACUCUCCCUCGCAGACGCCUUCGAGCCACACCCCAACAGGCGAUCCUCCCGCGGAUCCAGACCACUUUCUCUUCAAGAAACCGACAGCCCUCACUCGACGCCCCUCCGAGGCUCGAAUGUCCACGCCGAGCGAUGUGACGAACCAGUCACCUGUCGAUAGUGAUCCGUCUGUCAAUGACAGCACUGACGGCAUGUCGUUCGGGACCAUCCGGCCUAGGUCUUCGAAGCCAAGACCGUCUUUGUCCGAACGAACAAUGGAGACACUAGCGCAGCUCCCGUCUUCCCCGGCAAUGAGCAAGAAAUCGACAUCCUUCUUUGACCCGGACGGUACAAGGAGGUCUCGGUCAAGGGCAGGAAGCAAUGGAUCAAGGCCAGGCUCGAGCUAUACAUCCGAUGGAUCGAUGCGUCCGCCCUCCCAGGCAAAAAGCCGCCCAGGUUCUAGUUCUGGCCCUGACGACGGUAGUGUCUCGAGCUUCAGGGCAUCUACGAAUACUUUUCGACAGCCUCUGACCACAAUUGAGGCCCGCCCGACAAACUUCGCGGCUUCCACGAUCGGACAUUCCUUCGACAGAGGUUCGAGUCCAACCAAAUCAACCGGUAUCGCAGCGCCGCCAAAGAUUGGGGCCAAGACAAUCGCGGCUCGGCCGCUGAAGCAGAGACAGUCGAUCAACGGUCUCUUCAAGAAGCCUUCGUUGCCUGCGAUGGACCGCACUGCCGCUGCACAACCAGCUCCUCCCAAAUUUACACCGAAGCCGGCAUCCAAGACGAUAUCGACACCAUCAAGGCUCACAAAGCCGCCUCGAACGAUAGCAAAGCCAGGAGCAAUUGGAGCUGCAUCUGAAGCCAUUGGGAAGCCGGAUAUGGAGGCCAGUCGAAAAUCAUCCACUGCGCUUCGCGAGCAAAUUGCACAGGCCAAAGCUGCAAAGCGCGCUGCGGCGAAGAAGGCGCCCGAUCUGGACCUGGUCCCAGACUCGUUGGCCGUGACAGAUGAUCCAAAGUCCUUCCCGCUCAAAUCCCCGAUUGUGCCAGCCGACAACAGCUUCGAUUUCGGGAUCGCCGUAACGCAUGACCCGUUCAAUACACAGAGAACACAGAGCGCGAAGAACAAGAUUGUGCAACAGCGUCUUGGUGAUGCGCGCAACUCUGGCAGGCUCAAUAUCGCGGCCAUGGGACUAAGUGUCAUGCCUGUCGAAGUACUGAAAAUGCAACUUCGCCUCCUGACGUCUCUGAACCUGGUGAUUUCUCAGCUCACCUCACUGCGCGACCUCAAGCUCGCAAAUAACCUUCUAUACGGCCCGUUGGACCCCUCGGUCUCCAACCUACAAAAUUUGGAGAUCUUUGAUAUUCACGGCAACAACGUUUCGACUCUUCCUACCAAUUUCGGGAAUCUUGAACGGUUACGUAUUCUUAACCUUGCCGAAAACAGCUUUGAACUACUUCCAUUCGGCAUUCUGUCCCAGAUGCCCCUGACAGAACUCAACCUAAAGAAGAACAAGCUUGCAAAGACACUUAUUGAAGAUGACGUGGAGGCUCUCUCGAAGCUGCAAUCAAUCGACAUCUCCUGCAACCAGAUCACACAUAUCGUUGCCCCUGGCACAACGGUCAGCCUGCCGGUGCUGUACCAGCUCAGCGCGUCUAUGAACCGCCUGAAAGCUCUGCCUGACGUCAGCUCUUGGAGUAGUCUUCUGACGCUGACCGCGGACGAGAACAGUAUCUCGGAAUUUCCGGAAGGCUUCUUCAGUCUGGAGAAAUUGCGACAUGUUGAUUUCUCUGCUAAUGAUAUUCGCAUCAUCCCGCCGGAGAUCGCCAGGAUGGACAAUCUUGCAAUGAUUCGCCUGAGUGGCAACCCGUUGCGUGACAAAAAGUUCAUCUCGGCCACAACAGAGGAGCUGAAAGAUGCCCUGGCAGCGAGGCUGGAACCGCCGCCUCCUUACGACGACGUCACGAGCACUGCGCACACUAUCGCGGCUGCCAUCGCCGACGAUGCCAAAGCAUCCGAACCUCCAACGAAAGAAGUCGCACCUGAAGAGGGUGAGCAUGACAGUCGGUCUGACAUGGAUGACUUCGCAACUCCCCCCGACAUCGGCGCCGCACUCACCUGCUCGAUCGAGUCUUCGUCGCUUCACCCUGUCGUUUGUUCCAAAAUCGCCGCCGCUACCCGGGUCACGGAAAUCCAGCUCCAUCACAACCUUUUCGCGACGUUUCCUGAAUCUCUUACGUUCUUCGCCAACACCUUGACGGCGCUGUCGUUGGCCCAUAACAAACUUGUCGGCGAGACGUACUUGCCAGAGGAGCUGGAGCUACCUGCUCUCCGGGAGCUCAAUCUGAUGAACAACCACAUCACGAGCCUGACCCCGCUGACGGUCAAUCUCCGAUCGCAGCAGCUCGAGAAAGUUGAUGUCUCGCUCAACCGUAUCACAGCGCUACCGACUGAUCUGCGUAUUGUGUUCCCGCAGCUGUCGGUCAUGCUGAUUGCCAACAACCACCUCAUCGAGCUCGACCCUGAGAGCAUACGGGGUCUGCAGGUCGUGGACGCCAACAAUAACGAUAUCGCACACUUGAACCCCAAGAUCGGCUUGCUUGGCGGAAACGGCGGCCUGCGUCAGCUUGACGUAUCAGGGAACCGCUUCCGUGUUCCAAGAUUCAGCGUGCUCGAGCGUGGAACAGAUGCAACACUGAGGUGGUUGCGGGGCCGUGUGCCUGUUGCCGAGAUGGCCAGCUGGAAAGAGGGACAAGGAGAGGGUGGGCUGGGCGAUUCUGAUGACGACGUCGACUGA